AUGAUUGCCAUUGGUGAAAAUCAAACCUUAUCGCUGGCGCGACAUAAAUACUGGAUACCGCGUGCACCUGGAUCACUCAAGUACUACCUGAAAAAUUGCGCGACUCCUAGUGGUGAGGCUGAAUCGGUUAUGAGCUACAGCGCCAACAACGGGAUUAUUCGAGGAGUUAUUCAACCUGCCAACGAGUCCUUAGACGGGAGGAGUUGGGAACGGCUGGUUGGUUCCGUAAAACGUUUUUUGCGUAAAUUGGUUGGUAGAGAGAAACUAAACUUCGCUAGUUUCCUGCUUACUGCAAUAGAAGCAGUUAAACACACGUCCGCCUACAAAGCUGGAUUCCACAGAAUUGUCGGAAACUCCACUUCGGCCAAAUGA